AUGGCGCCGAGCAAAUCGCCCCAGAAGGGGACCCAAACGACAGAAGAAGGUCCCGAUGUCAUAGAAUUGUCAUCCGACUCAGAACCCGAGGUGUUUGAGAUUGAGGAUGAGGCGGAUGAGGAGCCAGAGGAGGCUCCCAGCAGCCCCGAUGUCAAUGAACAGCCAUUAUUGAAGGCCGCCGGCAUAAGGUACAGAACCAACGAAGUCGAGGAUGGGGAGCCACAGCAGAAUGACGAGCCCUUGCCACAAGGCUCAAGCAUAGCCGUGAGGGUCAAAGAUGCGGGGUCCGUCAAGCACAGACACGUCAGUAUUGAAAUACCGUUGCCCACAUCAUCAGAACUUCGGCGGAGGCAGGCAAAGGCGUCCGCCUCAAGCAGCCAAGAGAAGAACGAGGGAGAUGUAUUCAAGACCCCCAAGGAGAAGAGGCAGCACAUUACAUUUGACGACAGCGAUCACGACGAGCAAGCGGCCGCAUUGAAGCGGAAGCGGCAAGCGCGGGAUGCUUUGCUCAAGCGGCAAGCCGAAGAGAGAAAACGCGCUCAAAGACCGGCUGGCCCAGAAGACGCGUCUAAUGACGCCGGGCCCAGCGAGCAGGAUGCCACGGAAGAGCACUCAGACAAGCGGAAAAGAAGUUUGCCCAAGCUAUUACCUCUUGAACUUUUAGAGUCAGAUGACGAGGACGAUAUUUCUCAGCGACCCAGCCCUGCUCUAAACGGAAAGCACAAGCGAAUGAAGCUGGGCGGGCCAGAGCAGAGCUUGCUCCGCGAGCCCAGGUUACCUCGUGAUCAGAGGGUGGGAUCGACAGUAUUCCGGGUCGUGGCUGGCAACGGCAACGCAACACUAGCGCCCAAGGCGAGGCAACAAGCCCGCAACCUGAAGGAAACGCUCCUACGAAGAGACCGUGUACCUCAGGCUAGGGGAGGUUUCUUUGUCAAGAAGCGCUGA